AUGGAUCCUGUUAAUUUUGGAUUUGAUGACGAAAGAGGGGAUUACAAGAUCAUGAUGCAGGAUCAUUUGGCAUACAGAUACGAGAUGGUUGAUUUGCUGGGCAGAGGAUCGUUUGGGCAGGUUGUAAAAUGCUUUGAUCAUAAGACGGCUACUAUGGUAGCGAUUAAAUUGAUCCGUAAUAAGAAACGUUUUCAUGCGCAAGCCAUUACAGAAGUCAGUAUUCUCAAGAAACUAGUUGAAUGGGAUCCUCAUGAUAAAUACAAUACUAUUCAAAUGUCAGAUCAUUUCUACUUUCGAAAUCACCUGUGUAUCGCUUUUGAAUGCCUAUCUAUGAACCUGUAUGAGUUUAUCAAAAGUAACCAUUUUCAAGGUUUCAGUCUAAGCUUGAUCAAGAAGAUGACAAUGCAAAUAUUAGAGUCAUUAUCUAUGUUGGCCGACCAUAAUGUCAUUCAUUGUGAUUUGAAACCCGAGAACAUCAUGUUGCGUCAUCCAGCGAAAAGUUCGAUUAAAGUCAUUGAUUUCGGUAGCAGUUGCUUUGAAUCCGAACGAGUGUACACAUAUAUCCAAAGUCGGUUCUAUCGUUCACCUGAAGUGAUAUUGGGAUUAUCAUACCAUAAAGCCAUUGAUAUGUGGAGUGUAGGGUGUAUUGCUGCUGAGUUAUAUACGGGACUUCCUUUAUUCCCGGGUGAGAAUGAGCAGGAACAAUUAGCGUGUAUUAUGGAAACAAUGGGAUUACCCGAUCGACACCUCGUGGAGCGAUGCAGCCGACGUAAAUUGUUUUUUGAUUCUGGUGGAUACCCUCGGCUUGUUGUCAACUCGAAAGGAAAGAAAAGAUUGCCUAGCACAAGACCGUUAUACCAAGCGUUGAAAUGUCAUGAUAUUGUGUUUGUGGACUUUAUCCACCGAUGUUUACAGUGGGACCCAGCCAAAAGAUUGACACCCAAAGAGGCCCUGCACCAUGAAUUUAUUACGGACAUGACCAGACAAAGUCCACCCAGCGUAGGCUUUUCAAAAUCAAUGCAAAGAAACAGUUCAAUGCGAUAA